AGCCUGUGUGGAUUUUUCUAAAUGUAUUUAUGCACCUCGUCUCCGUUCCGCCUAUGUUAAUGAUUUGUGUUAGCUAUGUAAAUGUCCCUUUAGUUUAUUGGCGCCACCGUCAGCUCUUCCUUCUACCUCAACAGUAAGCGUAUUAUCAAGCUAUCUUGACUGGAUCCAGCCUGCCACUGAACUUCCCGUCACUGAGAAGAACGCAGACGGAGAGAUCGAGCAUCUGAAUAGGGAAUAUAGGGGUUGUCAAUGAGAAUACAGGUCAAUCUACACGAAGACCAGACGGGUAGACAAAUCGAUAUCAUUGUCUUCUUUUAGUCGACGAGACGGGUCUCGACUGACUUGCUUACCAACCUGCGUUUGUAUUCCUUGCUUGAGCACCUAGCUGCAGUUUGCCCCCACUGUCGUCGAGGCUCGAUACAACCACUGGUGGGGGGGUUAAUGGGAUCCUUGUUUCAAUAGAACUCCCUUCUCCCACCCCCCGACGGACCUUCGCUCGAAUCCGACUCGGGCGCUGUCUUCCCCGGGGGGUGCCGGUUUUUGCUCAGUCUGACUGGGGAAGGAGGGCGGCCCCCCCCAGCAUUGACUGUCGCUCUGGCCGACCCUAGUGGAGCCUAAUAUGGCAGGAAAUCUGAAGAAAGGCGGAGGACUGAUCGGGAUGAUGAAGGACGCGUUUCAGCCCCAUCACCACCUCCAUUCCCAUCACCAACCUGGGGCCGUGGACAAAAAGACGGUGGAGAAAUGCUGGAAACUAAUGGACAAGGUGGUGCGACUGUGCCAGAACCCCAAGCUGGCCCUGAAGAACAGCCCACCUUACAUCCUGGACCUGCUGCCAGACACCUACCAGCACCUUCGCACCAUCUUGUCCCGCUACGAGGGAAAGAUGGAGACGCUCGGCGACAACGAGUAUUUCCGCGUCUUCAUGGAGAACCUGACCAAGAAGACCAAGCAGACCAUCAGCCUUUUCAAGGAGGGAAAGGAGCGCAUGUACGAGGAGAACUCGCAGCCCAGACGGAACCUGACCAAGUUGUCGCUGAUCUUCAGUCACAUGCUGGCCGAGCUCAAAGCCAUCUUCCCCAACGGCCUGUUCCAGGGGGAUAACUUCCGGAUCACCAAGGCUGACGCCGCCGAGUUCUGGAGAAGAUCGUUUGGGGACAAGACUAUAGUGCCUUGGAAGGUGUUCCGGCAGGCACUGCACGAGUUCCACCCCAUCAGCUCGGGCCUGGAAGCCAUGGCCCUCAAGUCCACCAUCGACCUCGCCUGCAACGACUACAUCUCCGUCUUCGAGUUUGAUAUCUUCACCAGGCUCUUCCAGCCCUGGUCAUCUCUGCUGAGGAACUGGAACAGCCUGGCGGUGACUCACCCGGGCUACAUGGCCUUCCUCACCUACGAUGAGGUCAAGGCCCGGCUGCAGAAGUUCAUCCACAAACCUGGCAGCUACAUCUUCAGGCUGAGCUGCACGCGGCUGGGUCAGUGGGCCAUCGGCUACGUCACUGCAGAUGGGAACAUCCUGCAGACCAUCCCCCACAACAAGCCCCUCUUCCAGGCCCUCAUCGACGGCUUCCGGGAAGGAUUCUACCUGUUCCCCGACGGGCGUACCCAGAACCCAGACCUCACAGGACUGUGUGAGCCCUCGCCACAAGACCAUAUUAAAGUCACACAGGAGCAAUAUGAGCUGUACUGUGAGAUGGGCUCCACCUUCCAGCUGUGUAAGAUCUGUGCGGAGAACGACAAGGACGUGAAGAUCGAGCCCUGCGGUCACCUCAUGUGUACCUCCUGUCUCACCGCCUGGCAGGAGUCGGAGGGUCAGGGCUGCCCGUUCUGCCGCUGUGAGAUCAAGGGCACAGAGCCCAUCGUGGUUGACCCCUUUGACCCCAAGGACCCCAUAGGCGGCUCCUGUAGGAGCCUGUUCGGGGCAGAGGGCGCCCCCUCGCCCAGCUAUGACGAUGACGACGACGACCGGCUGGACGACCCCCACCUCAUGAUGAGCAAGCUGGCCUGUUCCAAGGUGGAGCGUCCCCCCUCGCCCAUGUCCCUGGCGCCCCAGUCCUCCCUGCCCCCCGUGCCCCCCCGCCUUGACCUCCUGCAGCACCGACCACCUAACCCCCCAGGAGCAUCCAGCCCAGGGGCCACAUCCAAGGCGUCCUCCCACCACAAGGACAAGCCUCUCCCCCUGCCCCCAGCCCUGAGGGACCUGCCACCCCCUCCUCCCCCAGACAGACCUCUCUCUGACGGGUGGCUCGGCAGACGGCCCCUACCCUGCACCCCCCUGGGGGAGCCCAAGCUGCCCCCGGCCCCGCCCAACCGCAACCUGGCCGACUGGAACCCCAGGCCAGUGCCCAAGGCCCCCGGACAGCCACCCAGUGUGGGUGACACGCGGGGGGUCCGGGAGCUCUCCAACAGACACUCGCUCCCCCUGGCCCUACCCUCAGUGCUAGACGGAUGCACCGACGGACCGAGGAACAACAGCUCGCUCAGUCUGGACCAUCAGCUGGAGAAGGGAGCCCAGAGUUUUGGAGGCACGGCGUCUGGCAGUCAGGCGUAUGACAACCCCAAAGUGAAGCCUUCAGUCUCGGCAAAUGCCAUCUAUGCUCUGUCAACAAGACCCCAUCCAGGUCUGAAGCCAGUGGCUGGGGAGGAGGCCUACGAGAGUGACGAGGAGUCCGACUACAUGAUCCCCACCUCUCGGCCCGUCCUGGUCCCCAUGGCAGAGACCCCAGUCCCCAAACCCCCCCAGCCUACCUCUCUCAACUCAUGGCCCAUGCUGAAUGACCUGGAUGAAGGACCUCAAAUGUAUGAAGCCAUGUAUAACGUCCAGGUCCAGGCUCACCUGGCCAGAGACUCUGAUUACUCUGAGCUGCCCCCCUUGGCCAGUACCAAUUGUCCCAUCUGGGAGAUCCCCUGCCCGGUGCGGGAGCCCCCUGAGGAGGUAGAGGAGGAAAACGGCUACGACAUCCCCAAACCAGCGUUGCCCAUGGCCCCGGCCCGGCGCACCCUGUCCGAGCUGGGGGCCACUUCCAGCGCUGCCUUCAACCGUCUCUCCAUGGACAGCGAACCCGGAGCAUCCGCCUCCUUCUCAGAUUCCAGCGACGCCCCAGAGCGGCCGCCCAAGCCCCUCCCCCGCCGCAUCAACUCCGAGCACCGGCCCAUACCUCCUGGAUUAGGCGGUGGUGGUGGCGGAGGAGGAGGAGGAGGAGGAGGGGGAGGAGGAGGUGGAGGAGUAGCCAACCCCCAGAUCACCAGUGAGAUCGAGCAUCUCAUGAGGCAAGGCUACACCUACCAGGACAUCCAGAAAGCCCUUAUGAUUGCACAGAACAAUAUGGAGAUGGCCAAGAAUAUCCUGCGCGAGUUUGUCUCCAUUCCCUCCACGGCUCACAUUCUUACAUAGUACCUCCUCUGCUCCAGCCCUGCCCAGCUCAGCCCAAAGUCCAUCGCCUGCAGUACUAGCGCUUCAGUGCUAACUGGAGCCCCUGCAGUCUCCUGUCCGGCGCCCUCUCAAAACUAGCUCAUUCCGAGCCCUGCGCUUCACGCGCUUUUUCAAGAGUGACCGGACGCCUUUUGUAAUGUGCUGCAGGGACACUCUCCAGAUCCCAUGGGGUGAAGUGAUGAUGAUGAUGGCUCAUCGCACAACCGACGCUUCGACGGUCGUUUUCACGUCCUCUCGAGGACUCUACCGAAGUGUAAUCGACCCCCCCCCCCCCAAAAAAACAAAACACGUAUGUGUGUUUAUCUAAGAAUUUAAUAUAUAACUAAAUAUAUAUUAAAUGUGUGUAAUGUAUACAUAUAUAUUUCCAAUGAGUUCCGCUUCGAAGGUCUGUUUUAUUUCACGUCGUUCAUGUUUAAGGAUAGAUUGCAGAGGAUAAAGAUGGUGGUUCUUUGGGAGAGAGCACCCUUCUGUCGUCCCCAGCCCUCACUUUGAAGAGAGCCCGCGGUCUUCGUUUAGCAUUCAGAAGCAGGCGUUGCCUAGACUCACAGCAGAACAUUUGGCAACAUGUCAAAUAUGGCCUUUAUUAAUGCUUCGGUACUUCUGUGGGGGGGAAAAGAAUGUGUGCGUGGUUUGCCUCAAAGUAGCAUGAUGUGUGUGUGUCGGGCCAAUGACCUGGCUAGUAGGGUUGGGACGUGAUUGGCUGACCUAGCUCACUGGUUGACCAUGUGACUUAAAACCCAGGUGAAAAGCAAAGCUGUGUUUGACUGUGUUGUUGUCUAUGUGCAUCAUUUUCUACGGUGGGUAGCAUUGUUUCCUACAUCGAACCACCUCUAAUCAUCUCGUCCAGUGAUUCCGAUGCCCAGACUGGGAAGCCUGUGUUUUUAGUUUUUUCAGUAAGACGUUUUUUUAGAGGCAAGUCCUGGAUCUGCUGUCAGAGCCAAUCAAUCGAAGCCACCUGGGAGGUCCCGGUUGGCCCAUGUCCCAAUCUCUCUUCCGUGCAAAAAUGAAUGUGGAAUUAAUAUAUAGCUCAGACGUUUUCGUUCUUCUUCCUCCUCAAAUGUAGUGCUCUCAAAGCAAGAGUCUGAAUGGGAGAGGCAAAGUGUACGGAAAUGUAAUGGUGAGAGAAAAAGGAUUGAUGGAUUCUAAUAACGGCCCAGUACCGGGGUCAAGAUUCUAUGAUACAUUGACAACAGCUUAGACACGAGGAGAGCUUCGUCUGCGAUGUGCACCGAAGCUGUUCAGCGUUGUGAGAAAAAUGUGUCAUCGAUUACUUUAAUAAUAUAUUAUUAUUAUGAUCAUUGUUGUUAUUAUUCAUUCAGAAGUGCUUUACUGCUGCUACUAUUGUUAGUGCUAUACAAUUAAGCCUUAAAUGUACAUUUUGUGAAUAUUUGUUUUAACCGCUCUUUUUUUUUUUUUUAAGUGACAGUAUCUCAUAUUGUGUUCUUUAUUUGGUGAUGUAGCAUACGUGAAAAUGCAAGCAGCUUGGGGUUGUGCAAUUCAAGCCGACUUCAAUUGUUUCCCCAUUUUUUAGGAAAGUGUUGGACUGGUUAGCCUUUAGAGGAAUUAUGAUGACAUCGUAAAUGGCACUGUCCCGCAGAUUGACCCAAAUGGUAGCAUCAGCAAAACAAAACAAUGUGAUUGAUGAAGAGUAACAGUGUCAUAACUCAUUCAGAAAUCUGUAUUGUAGAUGCCUCCACUUUUAAUCUAAGAUUAUAAUUGUGCGAGCUUUGUCAUUUUAAGGGUUGACUUAAUUGCACAGCUGCAACUAAGCCCAGUAGUUUAGUGAACGAGAACAUCUUGAGACGCACACCCAAAACAUUGACGAGUUGCAGCCCCCCAAAAAAAGAAAAGGGGGGAGGUUCACAUUCUAUAUGACUCUUGUUUAUUUCCGUAAACCUUUUCGGUCACACAGUGAUGGGCUUCUAAAGAGUGUUUGCCUUUCUUUUUCCUAUAGAGGUAUUUACAACCAGUGUUUGGGUCAACGCAACAGCAGGGUUUGUGGACCAGUUGGGAGUGUGGGAAUUUUUCUCUCUGGUUUCCCCGAAUUUGUUAAAACACUCCUCUGUUGAACGAGGACUAACACAUCUUUCCUCUGUAACUGGGGUUGAAAUGUUACUGAAACCUUCCCAGAAUUCCCAGGUUUCCCAGAAAUCCCAGUUGGAGGAUAAGAUGGCCUCCCUGCCAAUUACCUCCUGAUUCCAGGGAAAAUGUUGCAAUCCUAAUCUGUUACUCAGAAAUACCGUUUUGUACCCUAACCAGACAAGAGAGUUCACAUGGACUGUUCAGACUCGUCUUAACUCUAAUGAGUUGGCAACGAAUUGUUAAACUAACCAAUACAUUCAUUGAAUUACAGCAGGUGCACCUCGUUCCUGUCUGUCUACGUGGUAGGUCUUCGUUCACUUUUGAGUUUUGCUGUGUUUUCAGAUUCAGUAGGGCCUUCGGAGUUUGAACGCAAUCCACAAACCUCUAUUUUUAGGGAGCCCAUACCGAUGAAUAUCCACACGUAUUGAAUUUACGAAAGUAGCCUAUUACUAAAUUGUCAUUAAAACUUGCAUAUCAUUUUGUGCUGACUUCUAUUAAAUUGUUGGUUCAAAUGUUUAAAAAAAAAAAGAAAGAAAGAAAUGGCACUGGCUCACAUUCCUAGAUUAUUCUCUCCGGGACCGGUACUAAUUGAGGUACGUUGGCCCCUAAAAGGUGGAGAAGCUCUGUUAAUGGGAUUGCCACCAUGGGCUGUAGAAUCAUCGUAUAGGCUAUAGCUUCUCACCUGUAUCUCACAGUCUCCAGACUGGAAGAGGUUUGUGGCGUCUCUUUUUUUGUUGUUUCUUUUUCUUCUGUUUCUAGUUGCCUUUUGAGGGAAACGGUGAAGUCACUUUUGAAUGAACCACCUUCAAUAGGGAUUGUGAGGUUUCAGAAUGGAACCACGUAUCCUUUAAUCUUGAUGACUGUACUGAUUCUUGUCUAUGUAUGUAUGUAUGUAUGUACAUGACUUAUUCCACAUUUUGUUGUUACAGCCUGAAUUCAAAAUGGAUUACAUGUAUUUCUUGUUCUCGCCGAUCUACACACAAUACUGGCAAAGUGAAAGUGCUUAAAAAUGUUUUCAAAUGUAUUGAAAAUGAAAUGCAGAAAUAUCUAAUUUCCAUAAGAAUUCACACCCCUGAGUCAAUACAUGUUAGAAUCGCCUUUGGCAGUGAUUACAGCUGUGAGUCUUUCUUGGGAUGUCUAAGAGCUUUGCAUUCCUGGAUUGUACAGUAUUUGCACAUUCUUUUUUUCGUUUUUAUUCUUCAAGCCCUGUUAAGUUGAUCAUUGCUAGACAACCAUUUUCAAGUCUUGCCAUAUAUUUUCAUGCAGAUGUAAGUUGAAACUGUAACUCAGCCACUUGGGAACAUUCACUGUCUUCUUGGUAAGCAACUCCAGGUGUAGAUUUGGCCUUGUGUUUUAGGUUAUUGUCCUGCUGAAAAGUGAAUUAAUCUCCUGGUGUCUGGCAGAAAGCAAACUAAACCAGGUUUUCCUCUAGGAUUUUGCCUGUGCUUAGCUCCGUUAUGUUUAUUUUUUUAUCCUGAAAACUCCCCAGUCCUUAACGAUUACAAGCAUACCCAUAACAUGAUGCAGCCACCGCUUGAAAAUAUGGAGAAUAUUGUACUCGGUAAUGUGUUGUACUGGAUUUGCCCCAAAUAUAACACUUUGUAUUCAGAACAUUAAAAAAAUAUUUUUUGGUGGUUUUACUUUAGUGCCUUGUUGCAAACAGGAGGCAUAUUUUGAAAUAUUUUUAUUCUGCACAGCCAUCUACCAAUAGGUGCAAUUAUUUUGCAAAGCAUUGGAAAACUUUGGUCUUUGUGGUUGACUCUGUCUUAGAAAUGCACUGCUCAACUUAGGGACCUUGCAGAUAAUUGUAUGUCUGGGGUACAGAGAUGAGGUAGUCAUUCAAAGAUCAUGUUAAACACUUAUUGCACACAGAAUGAGUCAAUGCAAUUUGUGACUUGUUAAGCACAUUUUUUACUCCUUUUUGCCAUAACAAAAGGGUUGAAUACUUAUUGACUCAAGACAUUUCAGCUUUUCAUUUUUUAUGAAUUUGUGAAAAUGUAGAAAUAUUUUCCUCUUUGACAUUAUGGGAUAUUGUGUGUGUGUGUGUGUGUGUGUGUGUGUAGGCCAGCGACAAUCUACAUUAACUCCAGGCUGUAACACAACAACAAAAUGUGGAUAAAGUCAAAGGGUGUGAACUUUCUGAAGGCACUCCAUAAGUGUAUAUUGUCUUUUUCUGCAUACUAUACCAAUUUUUGCUACGAUACUGUCACUUUAAAAAUGAGGUGUAUACUUACUGAUUUAAAAUAAUGUGCGGAAAUUGCUAUGUUUUUAUUUUAUUUAGCAUUCCUGUAUAUGUCAGAAUUCUAUUUUGUAUUUUUCCCCCAACGGUUUUUGUUUACUUUUGUGAAUAAUUCUGUGCGCAGUGCCAUAUGUUUAGAAGUGUCGGUAAUGUCCUACUGAUGACUAAGAAUACGGCGUUGUCCGACGAGAGAACAUGGUUUCAACCCUUUGGUCUCAGUUAGUCCAGUGUUCUUCUUACAGUACCUAUGUUCCCUCUCUGCCUAUUGGAUGGCGUCACCACGUUACACACCAAACUCCUUUUCACAAUUGGAAUUGUUCCACUUUUUACCAGAAGAGGGCGCUGUCUGUCCACGUUGCCAUGUUUCUCUUCAACAGUCAAGGCGUUUAACUUUUUGAUGUUUUUUAAUGCUCAUAUCACUUUGGAAGUAUGCACAGUGCUGUACUGUUUAUUAAAUGAAUAGUAAGA